UGAUACAAAAUGGUGGGUGGAUGGUGGAUGCGUUCGGACCGAGGGAUCAAUGCAUUGUUUAUGGUGUGUGUGGGGCUAACGCAGCAUGCAUUGACUAUACACAGCUGAAUGCUCAUGUCACAGGCGAUGCCAAUGACACGUGUACAUGUCUACAGGGGUUCAGGCCCCAAAACAGCCAUGCUUGGGAUUCUCAAGAGUGGUGGUUAAGUGGUUGUGUUCGCCGAAGUCCAUUGCAGUGCUCUCUCACAAAUUCUACCGACGGUUUUUUGGAAGUGAAGGACAAGCUUUUGGCCGACGAUGAAGCGGCUGCAUAUAGCAAGGAGCAAACUCUGAGUGGAUGCCAACUUGCCUGCCUCAACAACUGCUCGUGCAUGACCUUUUGGCUCAGAAGCUCAUCUCCUCCUGUCUGUCGAUUGUGGUUUGGGGAUUUGAUGAAUGUGCGCGAGUCCCCUGGCAUCCAGUCAUUCUAUCUCCGUUUGGCAGCUUCUGAGUUACAAGGUUCGACAACUAAGCCAAGAAAUAAAUCCUUUGGCCUUCACAUAUUGCUUCCUGGGGGCGCUGCGGGUCUUGUUCUUGUUCUUGUUCUUGUUCUGGUCGUGUUUAUUAUGUGGAAAAGUGGAAGAAUGGCAAAGGAGGAUGACGUCCCCACAUCUCUUAGAGCAUUCACUUUCCGAAAGUUGCGAGUUGCAACUAAGAAUUUCAGGCAUAAGCUGGGAAAAGGAUCAUUCGGUUCGGUGUUCAAAGGUACUCUAGCAGACAAAACUCCCAUCGCUGUCAAAAGGUUAGAGGGUUUAGCAGGAACUGAAAAGCAAUUUCGUGCAGAAAUUAGUACCAUUGGUGAAAUACAACAUGUGAAUCUGGUCAGGCUGUUCGGAUUUUGUGCGGAGGAAUAUCGAAGGCUACUCGUUUAUGAGUACAUGCCCAACGGCUCUCUUGACUCCUUUCUGCUCCGUGGUAAAGAGGGAGAAGUGCAAGGGAAAUUAUUAAGUUGGAAAACCAGAUUUCAGAUAGCGUUGGGCACUGCGCGAGGACUAGCUUAUCUUCACGAUGAAUGUAGGGAUUGCAUCAUUCACUGUGAUAUUAAGCCAGAAAACAUUCUCCUUGAUGCCGAUUUUCGUCCCAAGGUAGCUGAUUUUGGUCUGGCAAAGUUAUUAGGUAGAAAUUUCAGCCGCGUCCUGACUACCAUGAGAGGAACGAUAGGUUAUUUGGCUCCAGAGUGGAUCUCCGGUAUUCCCAUCACUCCCAAGGCGGACGUGUAUAGUUUUGGCAUGACAUUGCUGGAGAUUAUAGCAGGACGAAGGAAUGUGGACCUCACUGUGCCCCAGCCUAGCUGCUAUUACUUCCCUUCCUGGGCUGCCGAUCAAUUCCACAAAGGAAACCUGAUGGCUAUCGUUGAUGGAAGGAUAUCAGGUGAGGCAGAUGCUGAAGAGGUGAGAAGGGCUGUUACAGCGAGCAUAUUAUGCAUUCAAAGAGAUGAAAUGGUUAGGCCAACAAUGGCUCAAGUCGUGCAAUUACUCCAAGGGACAGUGGAGACCAGCGCACCUCAAUUUCAGCAGUCUGUCGAUAGACUUCAAGAUCACCCUUCAUGCAAGGAAGAUGGCCUUUUGGGCACGAUCCCGGCCUCAUUUCUUAUGAUGUCGGAGCAUUGCACUUAGCAAGACUUGAUCUCUAGUGGGCUCAUUUAGAGCCUUUCAACUUCACUAGUACACCAAGGGCCCAUUGACGAUUACAAAUUUUAAAUUUUAACAAUAUUUAUUAAAGUAGGUUAGCUUUCA